AUGAAGAUGGAGGUCGAAAGAAAACGACGGUUGGCUGCGAUGGCUGUUGUUUUGUCCGAAUUGGAUGAUGACGAGUAUUUGUUUCACCGAAAGAGGUCUUGCUGGCAAAAGGACUAUAUCGCCAACAAGCAUCUCGGUAUGCAAAACCACUUGUACCGAGAGGUGUUGGUGAGUGACAUCGAAGAAUACCGGAGGCUGCUUCGAGUGACAAGGGAGCAGUUUCUUCAGUUGCUGUCGCGUGUGGGACCUCGCAUAGGAAGGCAGGACACCGUGAUGCGGCGAGCAAUAUCAGCGGAAACAAGGCUACAGGUGACGCUACGAUACCUCGCUUCAGGAGAAAGCCACCACUCUUUGAGUCGACAAUUUCGGCUCGGCCACUCCAGUGUAAAUGACAUUAUUCACCAAACGUGUACGGUGAUUUAUGAAGAGAUGAAAAAUGACUUCCUGAAAAGGCCAUGCACCGAAGAUGAGUGGAAAGAUGUAAUCGGAGGUUUCAAUCAAAACUGGAAUUUUCCAAACUGCGUUGGAGCCAUGGACGGGAAACAUGUACUAAUUACGAAGCCAGCGAAUUCUGGAACCGUGUACAGAAAUUACAAGAAGAGCUUCAGCAUUAUACUGUUUGCCGUCGUUGAUGCCAACUACAAGUUUUUGUACACGGAUGUUGGUGCACCCGGCUCACAAGGAGAUGCGGGCGUCUGGCAAACGACGCCGCUACAAGCACGUGUAUCAAACAUGACGGCUGGUCUUCCAGAACUUGUGAAGGUCGCAAGCUCGCCUGAUGUGCUCCUGCCACCCGUGUUCGUCGCAGAUGACGCCUUCCCUAUAGGAAGAAACUUGAUGAAGCCCUAUGGGGGCUCUUCCUUAACAGAAGAGAAGACAAUCUUUAAUUACAGGUUAUCCAGGGCCCGGCGUGUCGUUGAGAACGCCUUUGGAGUACUUGCAAAUCGAUUCAGAUUUCUGCACACUGUAAUCAAUGCUGAGCCCGAAAGGGUGAUAGCAAUGGUAAAUGCCGCAUGUGUAUUGCACAACUUUCUCGCCAUCGACUUGCACUCUAUUGACUCGAGUCCUGAGACGUCUUCCGGAUCACUGUUCUCUGCACAGCCCAGUUCCCGUGGAAGAAUUAAUGCUGUUGGUUCUGCAGUGCGAGAGAGUUUAUGUGCAUUUCUAAAUGGCAGGGGUGCUGUGUCAUGGCAGCAGCAAUCAGCGCACUUGGAUGCAGACGCAUACAGAAGACCUUAAGGUUGUAUAGACAAUGCAAGCUGCACUUGUAUUAUGCUGUAUCAUGCAUUAAACUUGUUUUGUGAAAUUGAA